AUGGACACUGAUUUUGUUGAGCUAUAUGUCGACAUCAUUUAGGACGUUUUCUUCUCCUGUUUUGUCAGAAUGUUUAGAAGCAGGGCUAUUGCUUUGCUUCUCUUUAGUUGACAUAGUACAAGUUCAAGUCGGUCGGAUUUGUAGUGCACUUAACGUCACGUGAAUUUGGGUAAACUUCUGUCCCGUUUGGCAAUCGGCAUUCCUCCUCCUCACUGUUAGUCUCCUGCUGAACACUCACCUCGGGUCACUCUCGGAGAGAACACACUGACAUGUAGGAGACAGCCGACGGUCACCGGACUACUGAUGGGACAACGAUUUCUGCACAAAAUGAACCGUUUACCUCAAGCAUAAACUUUCCAUGUUAUAUUGACAACUCCAGGACACAGGCACCAUGGCGAGGUUUUACAGGGAAACGACGAAUCAAUAGAAAGGGUUAUUGCAGUUCUCUUCGGGGUUGGACCAGUUGGGUCAGACGAGAGACUCCGCAGUGACAAAGAAAAGAAGAGUGAUUGACGCACCAUGGAGGGCGGGAACGAUGUGGAUCUGUCCAACAGUAACAUCACCCCGCUGUGGAAGCGGCGCUCAGCCAAUCACACUGGCCCCAGCAAGCUAAAGGCCCGGCCCCUCAGCUACCAGAUAGACGGAGUCCACAUGACUGACUUCCCCGUAGAGGACAGUAAGUGCAGCUUUACCCUGAGCCAGCCUGCAGAGACACUGGUGGCUACGCCGGGAGGAGGGACGGUCAUUCUGAAGCACGUUCUCAACCAACCCACCAGGAAAACACGGGUAGUCAGGAGUAUAAGCAUUGGACAUCUGUCCAAAGGACAUUUCUCUCUGUCCAAGUUCAAAUCGGAGGAUGAUAAGUCGCUGUCAUUGAACAGUAAGCCAUGCCACGGUGGGAGUGUUGACAAUGUGUGGUCGGACAAGCCGCUGCUGGACACCCAGAAUCGACUAUCCAGCCCGUUCACCCUCACCGCUCACAGGGACCAGAUAGUGUUUGGGACGAGCCCUUCACCGCCGGACUCUGCCUCCUCCAAUCACCCCUCUCCCCCUGCCUCCCCCAAUAACAACCACCACCAUAACCAGUCCUCCCCUUCUUCCUACCACCCCUUAACUCCUGUCCCCUCUCCCCCUAACCCCAGCCCCUCUCCCCCUAGUCUCCACACCCCUACCCCAUCCCACAGCUCCACCUCCAGUAUCCACUCCCUCUCUUCCCUCAUCUCCACCCCUUCUGACCCCCCCACACCCCACAGCCCCUCCUCUGCUGACAUGUCUGCCCCCUUUCCUUCCCCCUCUCAUUCCCCCACUCCCACCUUCUCUUCCUCCCCCACUCCCACCCUCUCUCCCUCCAUCUCCCUAUCUCCUCCUCCCUCCAUUGUCCUCAGCACCCACAGUGCAGCUGCCCUGAAGAUGGGCACACAGCAGCUGAUCCCCAAAGGGCUGGCAUCCCUGAGCAAGGCCUCUCCUGCUGGGGUACAGAGCCACGGCAUGGGGGGUCUGCUGGGCCUGGAUCCGACCAAGCGGGCCCUGCGAGCCCUCAGCAUGGUGGAGACUGGAUCCUUCUUCUCCACUGGCAUAGGGUCCGGGGGAGGGGGGACAGACCAGGAUGAGAGCCCUGGGACUCUGAAGAGAGGGUUGAGGUCUACCUCGUACAGGAGAGCAGUGGUGAGUGGAGUGGAAAUGGAAAUACCACCUGUAGACCCGAAGAGCCAUCGUUUGUCCCAACCUGUAGACCCGAAGAGCCAUCGUUUGUCCCAACCUGUAGACCCGAAGAGCCAUCGUUUGUCCCAACCUGUAGACCCGAAGAGCCAUCGUUUGUCCCAACCUGUAGACCCGAAGAGCCAUCGUUUGUCCCAACCUGUAGACCCGAAGAGCCAUCGUUUGUCCCAACCUGUAGACCCGAAGAGCCAUCGUUUGUCCCAACCUGUAGACCCGAAGAGCCAUCGUUUGUCCCAACCUGUAGACCCGAAGAGCCAUCGUUUGUCCCAACCUGUAGACCCGAAGAGCCAUCGUUUGUCCCAACCUGUAGACCCGAAGAGCCAUCGUUUGUCCCAACCUGUAGACCCGAAGAGCCAUCGUUUGUCCCAACCUGUAGACCCGAAGAGCCAUCGUUUGUCCCAACCUGUAGACCCGAAGAGCCAUCGUUUGUCCCAACCUGUAGACCCGAAGAGCCAUCGUUUGUCCCAACCUGUAGACCCGAAGAGCCAUCGUUUGUCCCAACCUGUAGACCCGAAGAGCCAUCGUUUGUCCCAACCUGUAGACCCGAAGAGCCAUCGUUUGUCCCAACCUGUAGACCCGAAGAGCCAUCGUUUGUCCCAACCUGUAGACCCGAAGAGCCAUCGUUUGUCCCAACCUGUAGACCCGAAGAGCCAUCGUUUGUCCCAACCUGUAGACCCGAAGAGCCAUCGUUUGUCUCAACCUGUAGACCCGAAGAGCCAUCGUUUGUCCCAACCUGUACUCAAAGGACUACAGGAGGUCAAGGAGAGACCUACCAGCCCUGGGAAGAAGAACAAGAGUCCUGAUAAGAAGCCAGUACUGAUCACACAGAGGACAUUUGACAGUGAAGAGGAGGAACUGUAUCAGAACUACCAGGAGAAAGCUCUUCACAAUGACUCUGAUGAGGACCAGUCCAGAGAGGCCAAACCUGAUGACCGCAUCGUGAUGCAGUACAGACCCAUACGCACCUCCUGGAGCCAACUCAGUGUGGUAAAGAAGAGUGGAGUUUCUGAUAAGCUCAGCCAGGAGGAGAGGAAAAGACAAGAGGCCAUAUUUGAGUUGAUAUCGUCAGAACACUCCUACCUCCACAGUCUGGAGGUUCUGAUCCGGAUGUUCCAGAACUCAGCGGAGCUCAGUGACACCAUGACCAAGACCGAGCACCACCACCUCUUCUCCAACAUUACAGACGUGUGUGAGGCCAGCAAGAAGUUCUUUAAAGAUUUAGAGGAUAUACACCAGCAGAAUGUUGUUAUAGAUGACAUCAGUGACAUUGUGUUCAGACACGCCCAGUCCAACUUUGACCCCUACAUCACCUACUGCUCCAAUGAGGUUUAUCAGCAGAGGACCCUACAGAGGCUAGUUAGUAGUAAGAGUCCAGUGUUUAAGGAGGUGUUGACUCGUAUUGAGGGCCACCCAGACUGCAGGAACCUCCCAAUGAUCUCCUUCCUGAUCCUGCCGAUGCAGAGAGUCACACGCCUGCCUCUGCUGAUGGACGUCAUUUGUCAGAAGGCUCCUAAGGACUCUGCCCAGUAUGAGACCUGUAAGAAAGCCCUCCAAUCAGUCAGCAAGGUGGUGCGUAAGUGUAACGAAGGGGCCCGUACCAUGGAGAGAACUGAGAUGAUGUACACCAUCAACUCCCAACUGGACUUUAAAAUCAAGCCCUUCCCACUGGUGUCGUCCUCUAGGUGGAUGGUGAAGAGAGGGGAGCUCACAGCCUUCGUGGAGGAGAACGGCAUCUUCUCCAAGAAGACGUCACGGCAGCAGGUCUACUUCUUCCUCUUCAACGACGUCCUCAUCCUCACCAGGAAGAAGAGUGAGGACAGCUACGCAGUGAUAGACUAUGCUCUGAGGGGCCAAAUUUGGGUGGGACCAUGCCAGGCCGAGGAUGUCAACCUAUCACCCGUCAGAAGCACCUCUGGAAUGCUGACAUCACGGCAGCCUGGGGCCAGCCACCUCUUCCGCCUGCGUUUCCGUAGCAACCACUCCGGAGACAAGGUACCCAUGGUCCUGGGGGUGGAGCUAAUGAAUGAGCGUGCUCGCUGGAUCAGUGCUCUGGGCCAGAGCAGCAAUGACGAGAAGAACCAAGACCGAACCAAUGCCAUGCAGGUGGAGGUGACGAGGACGUACACAGCCAAGCAGCCUGAUGAGCUGUCACUGCAGGUGGCUGACGUGGUCCUGGUGUCACAGACUGUUGAGGAUGGCUGGUAUGAGGGCGAGCGACUCCGUGAUGGCGAGAGGGGUUGGUUCCUGUCAGAAUGUGCUGAACCAAUCAUGUGCCAGGCCACUAUUGAGCGCAACAUGCAGAGGAUGGACCGCCUCCAGGGGCUGGAAACCAAUGUGUGAGCUGGAACUGCAGGCUCCACCCACUUAAAUACAGCAGUGACCUGCCUUCAAUCAGACACACCAAUGAGUGAGCUUUAUGCCAGCGAUGGCCCUCCACUGAAUACACCAAUAGAAAGUCUCCUUGCUCAACAGAGCAAUGUGUGAGAUCUUUCUGCCAGCGACUUAAUACACCAAUGAGCCACCUUCAAGCACUAUUAACCAAUGAGAGUGCUGACUACCACUAAAUGCACCAACAGACUGUAUGUGUGCCAGCUGACUGCAUCUAUUAGAAUGGGUUUGGGGUCCAGUGAUUGUUACCCAUGCAGUCUAACAUUCUCCAUCUUCUACCAAUCUCUAUGGUAAGGAAGUUUGACCCUAUGACCUGUCAACAACACUUUGACUCCUCCCACUGAUGGAAGACUGUCCAACCACUGCCCGUGUGACUGCUUUUUGGCCCCCGAAGGACAUCCCACUUGGACACACAUGCACACAGAACGUGCUGGGGUCAAAGUUUAAAACGGCCACGUACAGAGUGGAUUGGUCACCUAUAAUAACAGAGGUUGCAUUACAACUAAUAUAACAUGUAUUCAUUUCCUUCUGAAAGACUCCCCAGGAAUGAAGCUUACCUUCUGUCCUACAUAACUAACAUUUUAUAUUAGUAUAUGUUUUGUCAUGCUUUUUAAAGUGCCAGGUUGUCAUGAUGUGACAGUUCAGUUUCACUUCUGCUCUGUGGUCAGGUUAUAGUGUGUGAUGAGACUGAUGGGGAAGAGGCUCAUUGUAGACACACAAAUUACACUGUACGUUAGAUUUAUCUGUGUGUGGCUAGGAGGCCUUUUGUAAUGUAACGACGGUCCAAAAUGGCCGAAUAAACGGAUAUUUUCUAGACUUCCCUGUGUGGCCAGUAGGAGGCUGUGUGACUGCUGAAGAGGCUGAAUGUAAGGAGCCAAAAUGGCAGAAUGACCGGCCCAGUUUCCUGACUUCCCUCUGGUUAGGUUACAUUAUAGUGAGGCUGAAUGUUAUGAUGGCCUACAAAGUAAAAAAUAAACUCCCACAUUCAUGCGCUAACCCCGAUUCCCAACACCUAAUCCAGAUUCCCAACACCUAAUCCAGAUUCCCUAGCCAUUUUAGAUACCUUAAACUAUUGAACAGGUAUUAGCAGUAUGGGCAUAGCUUCACCUUGCACUCUACUGAGGCUUGGGUUACAUAUGCAGUCCUUUCAGCAUUACACACUGCCUAGGGUCUGGAAGUUGAUCUGUAAUUGGGCAAUUUAUCUCCAUCUUAAUGUCACCUUACAUAAACGGAGACAUUUCCGUCCCACAAUCCUCCUGCCUCUGGGUGUGAUGAUGCCCUGGGGUGGCUUUUAGAAGGCCCAGAGCUGGAAGUUAAAACAAAAAAAUACCCUCCUUAUGAUUUCUGUGACGAGCGGCAGGAGAGAAAAGGAAAUGUCGCGACGCUCGGUCCUAAAACUGGAAAAAGCCAGUCAAGGUUUUAACAUGAUUGUCCGGGCGUGAUUCAUCUUCUAAGUGUGUAAUGUUGUCUCAUAUCGCUGAAGGAAACAAAUAAUGGCCUGAUCAGCUUCCUGUUGUAACGCCGUUCAUCAAACCAGACCACUUCUCUCCAUCUGGUCUGACCCAGACAAAAAAACUUUGUUUGCACUCAGGGAUAAACUGUGAUGACACGCCUUUAACCCAUGUAAAUAUGUAACUAAUAACUUCUGUUUAAAUGUAAUCCACAGCUAUAGAUUUAUAUUGCAGAUGAUGUCAUUUAGAUAUUUCAUCUAACUAUUGUUAAUAAAAGUGCUAUGGUGUAUUUGCAA